UUCUUUGUAUACAAAGGCAGGCUAUGAUUCUUUGGCUAACAAAAAUUCUCUUUGUGGUAAACGUCUAACGAUAAGUAUGCUAAAAAUUAGAAGUGACCAUUAUAGUGUCAAUAUCACUCGUUACUUCUGGUUCUGUGGUCAAUAAUCUAAGGAUUUGCUAAGGAUGAGAUGUUACGGGCAACCGCAGAUUUGAUUUUGUAUUCGGGACAUAUUAUAUACAGUAAAAGUGUCGGCCUCGCAAAUAAUUUAUUAUAAAUUGUAAACUCUUUACUUACAGCGUCAAUAUUUUAUAAAACUUCUUGCCUGACAUUAGCGUGUUUACAAUGUUUUUGAGUCGGUGCAUGUAUAUUUUCGUAUUUCUCCUUAGUUUACCAUUUCUAAUUAGUGCUGAUGAUUUUAACGAAGAGUUAUUCAUAAAGCCGUUGUUGCCUAUGCAUUUAUAUGUUUAUUUUCAAUUUACUACUCUGACUAAUGGAGAAACACCUUUUGAGCAUUCACAUUUAGCACCUCGCUCAUUAAGGGAAGUUAUGUCACGUUUUCAAGUUGAAGAAUUACAUUUAACAUUGACUGAAGGCCAAUGGAGGCACAAUCAAUGGGGAUAUCCAGUGUUGGAUGCUGCUCCUGGUGCAGAGCUAUAUGCUUGGUUUUCACCUGAAGUUACCAACAUAGAUAAUCAAUGGAAGAAAUUAACUUCAACACUAGCAGGACUCUUUUGUGCUUCCCUUAAUUUCAUUGAAAAUCAAAAUACUAUAAAUCCACAAAUGUCUCUAUGGCCAUCUGGAGCCACAGAACAUCUUUCAAAUUCUUCAUCAUAUUUAAGAUAUGCAUCAUUGCCAAGAGAAAUUGUAUGCACUGAAAAUUUAACACCAUGGAAAAAAUUAUUACCAUGUGAAUCUAGUCAUGGAUUUUCCUCUCUAUUAAACUCAAGACUGAUCCAUAAUACAAAUUAUCAUUCCGUUGGAGUUCAUGUUAGAAAAAUUUGUGCAAAUACUGCAUGCACUGAAACAUUUAUUGAGAUCAAACAAACUGUUGCACUUGUAUAUGAUUUUAAAAUACUGAAUAGUAUUAAUUGGUCAUUUAAGUUAUUGUUUGGGCAAGGUUUACUUGGUGGAUGUCCACUUGCCUCAUCAAGUAAAAUUUAUAUUGAUAUAACUUCAAAUAGUACUACACACUUCAAGCUGACACCACCUCCAAAUAAAAUUGUUGAAUCACACAGGGGUGGUAGUGAAGUAACAUUAGCCAUUUAUGAAAUAAAGCCAGAUACAGCAAUGCUUAAUAUUGCAGCCAAACAAGGAACAAACAACAGGGUUAUUUUGAAUAUUCCACCUCCUUUAUAUUUCAACCGUUAUGUGUUAGGUUACGGUAAAGAAUUUGGAGGUAUUGUAACUGAAAUUGUUAACAAUUAUUGGGCACCAAUUGAUAUUGUUUUGUUAGAGAAUGCACCUUGGUGGCUACCUAUACAACUGAGUACCCUGAGAAUUAAUGGAAAGGCUAAAAGCAAACUAGUCAUGGGUCAGUAUUAUUCACCUGGGAGGAGUAGACAAAAACCAUAUCAUUUAGAGUUACUUCUUCGGCUACCUCCGAAGUCCACAACAACAGUAACAAUAGACUUUGAAUUUGUUUUUCUGAAAUGGCAAGAGUAUCCACCUGAUGCAAACCAUGGUUUCUAUAUUGGUUCAGCACUAAUAACUGCCAACCUCCCAACUGCAAAAAACUUUACAGGUCUCCCUAUUGAAGGAGUUACAUUUGAUUCUAUUUUUAAUGCCUCCAAGCCAUGGUACCCAGCUGUAUUCAGAACAAAUGGAGCAAUGGUGUCUCUGCCAACACCCGAUUUCAGCAUGCCAUAUAAUGUUAUAUGUCUUGCAUGUACUGUAGUUGCAUUAGCUUUCGGACCUCUACAUAACAUAUGUACCAAGGAGUUAGUUCUCAAGGCAACCGGAGCACCACUAGGACUUCGACAGAAACUUAUAAAUUUAUUUAAAAAAAAGCAAGAUUAGUCAUAUUAUUGUUAUUUAGUUAGGUGUAUUUAUUAAAAAAUUUUUGAUCAUAUAAAA